AGCAUUAGAGCCCUACUGGGGAAUUCCUUCGUGGCGUAUUCAGAGUCAUGAGGCGGUGGAUUACAAUCACACCCCCUUCGCCUAUAUAUAUUCAGGGCUAAAUGAAAGCAAGGGCACUAACACAUUUUUACUCUCUUGGAGCACUUGGAAAGUUCUUCAUUAAGCAUGGAUUCAGCUUUUCUUUUGACUUUGCUUCUACCAGUUGCAGUUGUUUCCCAUGUACUGGACAUGCCACCCAAAGCUCUGUUCAAAGUGGGCGACAGGAAGGAGUUGACAUGCAGAAUGUCAUCUUGCCCAGAGAAGGUGAAUUUUGUUUGGACCUCAUUAGAAGACAAACCGUUAUUCGCCACUGUUAUUACAAAGGACAGAGAAUCUGUGCUGGUCUUUGAUAAAGUGACGAUGAAUCACGAAAACAACAUAGUGUGCAAAGCAUCCUGUGGGAAGGAAAUAAAACAGGCGACCACGGCGAUUACAGUUUAUUCUUUUCCAAGAAAUCCAGUAAUAUCCAUGUAUGAUCGCUUGAUACUGGGAAAGGAAAACGUUUUGGCCUGUGAAGUGUCUUCUGUAUACCCUUCGGAGUUCCUUGAAGUGCAGUGGUUAUAUGGAGACACAGUUAUGAAGACUGCUGAGGGUGAACUUGGCAAAGAUGUACUGAGUAUUCCUUACAUAUUCACACCUUCAAGUGAGGAUGAUGGAAAGGCAAUAACGUGCAGAGCAACACUGAAUGUGGACGGUAUAUCCCUGGAUGAGAUGACCAAGGAGACGUCUGAACUCAUGAAAGUUCUUUCUGCACCGCAUAACGUUAAAGUAUCUGGAGCGACCGCUGUCUCACUGGGAUCCAGUUUAACUUUGACCUGUGAGGCCGAGGGCAACCCAAAGCCUGCAUUUACAUGGACGGCUCUUAAACCAGAUGGCCAGUCUGUGGAAAUGGGAAAAAGUCAAGAUCUCUUCAUGCAUAACGUGUCCUUAUCGGAUGCUGGUACUUAUCAGUGUGACGUUAGCAAUGACUUGGGAAGACAAAACACCACAGUUUCAGUAGUGGUUCAAGCACCUCCUAUGGGCACCCUCAUUGUAGCAAGUCCACGGUCAAGUCUGAAGGAAGGAGACACUGUGAGCAUUUCCUGCAAGUCCAACCGUGUUCCAGUAACAAAAGUAGUGCUUAGCAGGGAGGAAAACGGAGCAUACAACGAGCUCAUGACCAGUGAAGGGGCUGAAACAUCAGUUAUCCUCCACUCCGUCAAGCUGGCCCACUCUGGCGUGUUUGUUUGUGAGGCUUUCAAUGAGUACGGCAGACAGAGGACCACUCUCAGUCUAACUGUUGAGGCUCAUUUUCUAGAAGUGGAGCUACAGCCAGAUAGUGUGAUCGUGUCGGACAGAGGCUCCAGUUUGGUUCUCUCCUGUCAGGCUUCAGGAUGCCCUCACCCGGAGUUCUUCUGGAAGAAUCCUUCAAACAUGUCAAUUCUCGGGCGAAUUAAGACUGAUGGUUUCCAGUCCCAGCUGUUCCUCGAUCCAGUGGAGGUGGAAGAUGAGGGAACUUACCUCUGUGAGGUCACAUGUGGCUCAAUCAAGAAGUCCAAACAGACGGAAGUGAAGGUGUUUUCAUUUCCAACAAAUCCUAUCAUAAAAAGUUCUGGACCUUGUCUGGUGGGAGAGAUGAUGAAAUUGACCUGCACUGUUCAGGAAGUUUUCCCGGCUAACCUUUUCCAAAUCCUGUGGCUGGAUGGAGAGACAGUAAAGCAUUUGGAAUCUGGGUCAUUUUCAAGUGGAGCAACAAAUCUGACUUCAGUGUAUUCUUACCACGUAGACAGGAAAGACCAGGGCAAACUCAUUACCUGCAAAGUCUUGCUGGACAUGCAUGGUUUGCCAGUACCGCAAGUAGUAAAGACGGCAUCUACUACGUUGUCAGUUCACUAUCCCCCCAUAGCGACCAGGAUCACUGUCAGCCCAAUGACAGAGUUGAAGGAAGGAGAAUCUGUGAGCAUUUCUUGCGUUUCUGACAGCUUUCCAGUGGGGCGUACGGUGCUGAGCAAGAUGGCAGACGGCAUUCAAACAGAGCUAAUGGCCAGUGAUAGAGCUGAAACAUUGCUUACCCUCCCUUCGGUUGAGCUGGAUGACUCUGGCUUAUAUGUUUGUCAAGCUUCUAAUAUGUAUGGAAAUCACAGUGAUAGUAUGGAGAUUACUGUGAAAGCACCACCUAGGAAUAUGACGGUGGAGAUCUACCCAUCCACAGAUGUUCAGGAGGGGCAGAAUAUCACCAUCUGUUGUCGCUCUGUGAGCUUCCCUCCACCUGCGGUGAUCCUCAGCAAGCUGGAUAGUGAGACAAACAUCUACUCUUAUGAUGGCGUCUUCCUACUGAUCAACCUCACUCCCAAUGACACAGGCCUGUAUCAGAUCAACGUCACCAACGACCUGGGCUAUGAGACGGAGAUUUUCAAUAUCAAUGUGAUGGAGAAAAGAUUUGACCCUCCAUUGGGUUGGAAUGACUUCAUAAUCCCUGCGAUUUUCUUGGGAGUCGCUGCUGCGCUGUUUGGUGCUGUAGUGAAUGUGUGGAGAGCCAGAAAGAAGGGAUCAUACGACCUUACAAAGUGCAAUCCGGGCACUGUGUAGACUGUGUAUAGACUCUAUGAACUUUUGGAAGCAGCUAAGCUUGGCUGAACUGUCUUGCCAAGACCCAGAGUCUCCCUAAAGGGAGAACUGCAGGUGACUGGAUUCAUCAUCCGGAUCUUCAGGUGACAAAACCCCAGCCGGAUGAGAACCUGCAUUCUCCACAGCCAGAGACAAUCAAUGUUCCCAUGAUUCGUCACGCAUCUCCAGAGGAGGGAAAUCGAACCGGUGUGGUUUCUCCGUGGUCUGUUGGGAAGUGUUUUGAGACUGCCUGGUCUCCACUUAAAGCAGUUUCAAAUGUGUGAUUUUUAUUUAUUUUUUCUUUCAUUUUGAAUGUCAAAGCUAUUUUGAAAUGCAAAUGAUAAAACUGUGAAACACAGAUUUAGCCUUAAGAGAAUGUAACAUAGCCACCAGUGUUUAAUUGUUAUAUUUUAGAUGAAAAACAAUCUGUUUGAUGCACUGAAGUAGAUGUACCCCCGGUUUCACAGACAAGUCCCAGACUAAAAUGCAUGUUUGAGCUGUUUCAACUGUAGACAACUUGCACUGACAUCUUAAAAUAUGUUUUGUCUCAAUAGCACACCAGUAAUGUUUUUUUUCUAAGGCAGCUUUUAUAAAAGUUACUUUAAUGCCCUAAUUGAACUAAUCCUGGUAAUCUAAGCCCUGUCUGUAAAACCAUUGUGUCCUAAAAAUUCUGUGCUUAAUGUGGUUUGAAAUCUUGUGAAAUUGCUUUCAUUUUCAUAUAUUUAUUAAACAAGCAUUUGAUCUUG